CUCGCGUUACCGGGAGACCGAAGCUCCAGCUGUUCUAGAAUCGAUCAGGACGCGUUAUGGGAACGUUCGGGAGCGCCGCGGUCGGUCUGGAUGAGGAAGAGGAAGAGGAGAAGAAGCGCCGGGAAGUUGAGCGUCUUCCUCCACUGCUCGAGGACGAGGAGAACGUGUCUCUGGCUGAUAUUCUGUGUCUGCGGGACGGUGGGCUGUCGGAGCAGGAGUUGUGGGCGGUGUGUGUGGAGUGUGUUUGUUCUCUCCAGAGCAUCGGCCUCUCGCCGCUCUUUCACACCCUCUGCGUUACGCCCGACACGCUGGCCUUCAACACUCACGGUAAUGUGUGCUUCAUGGAGCAGCUCAACGAUGAUCCUGACGGCUGUUUUGUUCCUCCAGAGUUUGAUAAGACUGGAAACACGUUUGAGGGUCACAUGUUCUCGUUAGGCUCCACCCUGUGGGCGGCGCUGGAUUAUGUGUCAGAGGCGGAGCUGCAGGUGGAGUUGAGUGAAGAGAGCAGGUGUUUGCUGAAGCAGAUGCAGCGAGAGAAACCUGAGGAUCGACCGCGACUCCAGGAUAUUCUCUCUCAGGCGGAGGCUGUGCUCGGUGACGUCUCGCCCGCAGUCAUCUGCCGGAAACUGUCUGCCAUCGGCCGAAGAGUCCUGUCCAUAGAGUCCCUCGCUGCUCUGCAAGAUGGAUGGGAGAAAUCCAAUUUCCAGUUUCUGGACCUCAAAGCCUCGAGAUCGAACUCCACGGAGAAUCCCGCCGGCGAUCGGACCAUGAUGAGAAACUGCUCCUCUGAUUCAUACGACGGCGAGGAGCUGCUGCUGAAGUGCAGAGGUCUGGUCUGGUCCGGAGGUUCGGCCGAACCUUCGCCAGACAGCAGGUCUCAGAACAGUUCUCCGGAGCACAGGAGGAGUCAGGAGAGGAGGCCCGGGAGAGCCAGGAGAGCCCUGAACCGCUCCUGCUCCGUCCCAGACUCCAACAACCCUCCGGCGCUCUGUCCUCCGUCCCACGCGCCCAUCAGCAUGAUGAUGACCGACCUGUCCGAGAUCACGGAGGAGGAGAGCUGGAGCGGGACACUGCGGCGGCCCAAACCCAGGGGUUCAGACUCGGAGGGAGAGGAAGAACCCGACGCAUGCGAGACGGAUCACACUGAAGCUGCAGACGCUCGGAGCCCCGCGUCAUCGGAAGACGGAGGAACUCAGACAGACGCUGAAGUGCACAGCUCCAACCUCGUCAACAAAACUGUGCUGUGUCUGAAUGAGGAAUCUCAGAAUCAGUGGAUCUCUUUGCGGGAGCUGCUCUCAUGCUCUGCUCAGCCGUUCUCAGUCAAUGAGCUCUGGGCUUUAUGCUACACGUGUCUCUCCACGCUACAGACCUACAUCGACCUCCCAGACUACCUGUGUCUGGACUCUGUGUAUGUGGGCUGCGAAGGAGAGAUGCUGUUUCUGAGACCUAAAAACUCAGCCUCCUGUGAUGCAUUUUUUCUGGCUCCUGAGUUUCAAGAACAUGGAAUUGUGACAGAAAAGGCGUGUGUGUAUGGGGUAGCAGCUGUUCUCUGGGCUACAGCCAAGUUUAAUUUGUCUCCCAAUCAAAAGCUGGCCAUGCCGAGAAAACUCAAGAGACUUCUGCUUGAGAUGGCCAAAAGAACUCCAAUCGAAAGACCUUCUAUUGAAAUGGCGAAAAAGUCUUGCCGUGACUACCUCUCCCGCCAGGGAACGAAUGCCGAGAGCGUAUGGACGCAGAUCAUCAGCCGAGUUCACCAGGCAUUCGAUGGGAAUAGAGAUACAGAGGAUUGGUCUUCUCCUGAGUGUGCUGAAAACCCAUCUGACCCACACUUGGGAGAAGUUAAAACAGGUUUUGUCCCGUUGGCCAGCGAGGGCCGGUUGGAGCCUGUAGCUGGUCCAGUUCCUCAUCAUUACCCAGAAUCCUCCACCAGCGUCAGACUGCCCGAGGCCUUCACUUCUCCUGCCACACACUUCAGCCCCAUAAUACUGACUCAUCACCCGCAGUCUGAGCUGAUUGUCAGUGGACGCUCUGUUGAGGACAUCGUGAAGGAAACGAUCCUGCGAGAGCCAGAUGAACAGGAAGAAAGCGCCGCUGAGGAUGAUGUUUUCUCUGCUGGUUAUUCAUCAUCAUCCAGCUGUAAGACUCUUGUGAAUUCCUCGCCUUCAGAAACUCUUCAAAUAACCAAUCAAGAAAAAGACGACCAGCCAAACUUCCCCGCCUUGUCUUGUGCUAAUGGGAUUUGUAACAACUUCCUGCUACAGCAAGACCCGCAGACAGGAUGUCUGACCCUACUUCCUGUUCAGAUCACCGUGCUUCAGCCAAUCACAGGCGCGGAUCACUUCAGCUCAGAACCACUAAACAAGAAGCCACCGAAACCUUCAGAGGACAGUAUGAGGAAUGAAAGCGUCUGUGUGACCCGCAGAGACUCGGCAGUGUCUCCUGAAAGUCCAGUGGCAGAUAUUACAGUUCAGCCUCAUUGUAUGAAUCUCAGCUCACCUCAGAGAUGCUUGUGUCUGCAGCACGUCAUUGAGCUGCUCAGAGAACAGUUUGCUUUUGAUGGCUACCUGGAGAAUGGAGUCCAAGAUCUGGCUAUGGGAAAAUACAUCUUCUCUUUAAAAACCCUCCAGUUUGAGAGCUUUUGUCGAGCGAUAACAGAGAAGUUCAGUGAUCUGUUCUGGGAUCAGAAGCUGCUGUGUGACCUGCACCGUCUGAUCAACCAGAACUCCUGCCGACACGUCUCUGAUGAACAGCCCUCCUCAGAGGCAGUGAAAAGGGCAGCAGCGUCGGUCCAGAGCGCCAGACAGUGUUUGUCCAGCGAGGAAAACGCUCAUCUCGACCACAAUGCAAACCUCUGGCCCUCAGAUCGACCCGCGCCAGAGGACAACCAGCUGAACGAGAUCAAGAGAGAACCGCUUAAAUACAGAGAAACAGCAGAUGGACAAAACCUAGAGCAUACGGGAUCUGAGACCAGGACCGCAUGCUGGAGACGAGACGCACAGGAAGUGACAUCAGAGGAUGACACCAAAGAGCUGAAUGAGCUGAUGGAUCUGCAGAGCGGCGUGCCUCCAGACGGUGGUGUUUGUGAUGCUGAAGCGCUGGAGGACGGCGGCGGCGCUCGGCUCACUCCCGACCCCUCAGAGCUGGACAUGGACGACUGUGACUCUCUGAUCUCUGAGCGGACGCUCUCGGUCUGCAGCGACCCUCAGCGGGCCCCGCGUGGCUCCUCCUGGGCCCUGGCUCUGUACGGAGACGACUGCUUCAGUCCGGAUGUGCUGGAGUACACACAGAAACUCAGCAGUCACAGCGAAUCUCCCACGCUGGAGGACAAAUCACAGGAGCUGCACCAACAGCUGAUUAUUGAGAGCAGAAAUCUAAAAAAGACCAGAACUUUCUACCACAAGCUGAUAGAGCAAGAGAGGAAAAAUAAAGGUUCAGACAUGAAGGUGAUGGUGUCUAAAGUCAAGCAGCAGUUUGACGAGCUCAGAGCCAAAGUUGAGUUUCUGCAGACUGUCAAGAAAUAUCUCCAGGUGCUGUCUGUGGAUCAGUGGGGUUUAGCGCUCUCUCUGCUGCCCUCUCUGGCUGCGUGUGGAGCUGCGCCUCUGGAGCUGCAGCAUUCGGACGAUCCUGCGCUUCUGCACUUUCUGUGUGAGCAGCGCCGGGGCAAAGGCUGCCCGCUAGUGACCGCCACCGCCAGAGGCCUCAUGGCCUAUCUGUACGCCAGGAACGCUCACGCCGAGGGAUUUGUUCAGCAGUUUUUCUACACGUAUCGCUACUUCUGCACCUCGGAGGAGCUUCUGUGGUUUCUAAUGGACAAAUUUAACAGUACAAUGGGAGCAAAUGAAGAUCCCUCAUCAGACAGAGCCAAAGUCUAUCAGCGCACUCUGGAUCUGUUACACUUCUGGAUUGAAGACGCACAGCUAGUGGACUUCAGCUCGAGCUCCAGCCUCCUGCAGACGCUGCACACUUUCCUGACCGCAGAGGUCGCACCGGUUGACAGUCGAGGAGCGGGUUUGCUGGCGACGCUCCAGUCCUCGCCCAGGAAGAGGCGUGUCUGUGUCCCGUCGUGUGUGUUUGACACCUCCAUCGAGGAGAAGCUCUCAGUGAACUCCUCAUGCAGGAGAUCAUCCAUCGAAGACGCUGCUCGAAAGUGGCGCGUGCUGCGUGUGUUGGAGCCUCAGACGGUCCAGAGUAAAGAGAAAGGGUUCUCCAUCGCCGCGGCUCUUCCACGGCCGUGUUACGCCUCUCUGAUGAGCAGCAGCAGUCUGAGAUCAGAGGAGAGACGUCCCUUCAGUCAGAGCGAACACACGCCGCUGCACAUCACACAGCAGCUCACUUUACUGGAGCAGGAAAUAUUUCACGACUGUCAUCCGGUUCACUUUCUGAACUCGAGAGCUCACGGAGUGACGGAAAACUCUGGAAACAUUUCCAGGGACGUGUCGGGGCCCCGGGGCCCGCUGCAGAGGCUCCUCACACACGCAGACUGUGUGGCUAACUGGGUUUCUGCUGAACUCGUCGUCUGCGACUCGGUUAAGGCACAGGCAGCUUUACUCGCUCGCUUUCUAGCCGUUGGCAAGUUCUGCUACGAGACGAGAAACUUCGCCACGGCUUUGCAGAUUCUGUCGGGGCUGGAGAACGUGAUUGUGAGGCAAUUACCGGCGUGGAAGCAGCUGUCGCUGAAGGUGUGCGAGGCUCUGGAGGAGCUCAGGGCUCUGCAGGUGUUUCUGAAGAGUGAUAAUCUGUGUCUGAUGGAGGGAGAGAAGAGCAGACGGCGGCCGACUCUCCCAGACGCUCACAUCUUGGCCAUGCACAUCCAGCAGCUGGAGAUCGGGGCGUUUACCAUGACCAGCGGAGUGUACAAGUGGCCCAAACUGAGGAACAUCGCGCGUGUGGUCAGUCAGAUCCACGCGUUUCAGGAGCAUCUCUAUUCCUACCCUCCCGACCUUGAGCUGCAGGCGUACCUGCGUGAGCGACUCGCACGCUUCGGCAGAUGUGACAUCCCACUCCUCGCCUCCGACAACAACACCAACUUCAUCCAGACGCCCGCCGCUCGCCGGAUCCACGACACACUGCGCCGCGUCAAAGCGUCUUUCCAGUGACCGGCACAGAUGAGGAACGCCGCUGGAAGUCACAUCUGGAGACUCCAGACUUCUCCGUUUGAGCGCUGAGGAGAAAUGAAGAUGCUCACAGUCGCUCUCUGUACGGAGGCUGAGGAGGAAUUAGGAGUAAAACGUGAUCAUUUUCCUGUAAAUACUGUGAAAGCACAAGACAUGGGAGUUUUAGUUGCUGGAUUCCCUCAUUUUAGGAUGUGGAGGUGUUUUCUCAUCUUUAACUUCAGCCUUAGCCCGUUUUGGUUUGAUGGAUGGUUUUCUUCAAAGAACAAAGACUUUUAGUUUUGUGUUUAAGAUUUUGGACGGCUACACAACCAAAUGUGACCCUGGACCACAA